GCCCUGAGCUGGUUACAGCUCCUGGCCCCUCCGAGGCUCUCGGUAAAGUGAGUGAAAUCUGAGGAACAGAGUCCCCUGACAUUUUCCUGGACGAAAUUCCUCCUGCCACAGUGGCUCCUGGUAAUGUCUGUGUAUCCCCUCAUCCUCUUCAACAAUUCACUCCUUCCCUGUCUCCUUCCUCCUCCAGCCCCUGCCCACCUGUAUCCAACUGGAAUCAGCAUGGCGAACUUCACACCCGUCAAUGGCAGCUCAGCCAAUCAGUCUGUGCGCCUGGUCACGGCAACCCACAACCACCUGGAGACAGUGGAGAUGGUGUUCAUUGCCACGGUGACGGGCUCCUUGAGCCUGGUGACUGUUGUGGGGAACAUCCUGGUGAUGCUGUCCAUCAAGGUCAACAGACAGCUGCAGACAGUCAACAACUACUUCCUGUUCAGCCUGGCGUGUGCCGACCUCAUCAUAGGUGCGUUCUCCAUGAACCUCUACACCGUGUAUAUCAUCAAGGGCUACUGGCCCCUGGGCGCGGUGGUCUGUGACCUGUGGCUGGCUCUGGACUAUGUAGUGAGCAACGCCUCUGUCAUGAACCUUCUCAUCAUCAGCUUUGACCGCUACUUCUGCGUCACCAAACCCCUCACCUACCCCGCCCGCCGCACUACUAAGAUGGCAGGCCUCAUGAUUGCAGCUGCCUGGGUCCUGUCCUUUGUGCUCUGGGCCCCUGCCAUCUUGUUCUGGCAGUUUGUGGUGGGCAAGAGGACGGUGCCUGAUAACCAGUGUUUCAUCCAGUUCUUGUCCAACCCGGCAGUGACCUUUGGCACUGCCAUUGCUGCCUUCUACCUUCCCGUGGUCAUCAUGACGGUGCUGUAUAUUCACAUCUCACUGGCCAGCCGCAGUCGAGUCCACAAGCAUCGACCUGAGGGCCCCAAGGAGAAGAAGGCCAAGACUCUGGCUUUCCUCAAGAGCCCCCUGAUGAAGCCGAGUAUCAAGAAACCUCCGCCAGGGGGCGCUUCUCGAGAGGAACUGCGCAACGGGAAGCUAGAAGAGGCCCCUCCGCCAGCCCUGCCCCCGCCUCCGCGCCCAGUGGCCGACAAGGACACUUCCAAUGAGUCUAGCUCGGGCAGUGCCACCCAGAACACCAAGGAACGGCCACCCACAGAGCUGUCCACCACAGAGGCCACCACACCAGCCCUGCCCGCCCCUACCCUGCAGCCACGAACCCUCAACCCAGCUUCCAAAUGGUCCAAGAUUCAGAUUGUAACAAAGCAGACGGGCAAUGAGUGCGUGACAGCCAUCGAGAUUGUACCCGCCACGCCAGCCGGCAUGCGCCCAGCAGCCAAUGUGGCCCGAAAGUUCGCCAGCAUCGCUCGUAAUCAGGUGCGCAAGAAGCGGCAGAUGGCGGCCCGCGAGCGCAAAGUGACUCGGACCAUCUUUGCCAUCCUGCUGGCCUUCAUCCUCACCUGGACACCCUACAAUGUCAUGGUCCUGGUGAACACCUUUUGCCAGAGCUGUAUCCCCGAGAGGGUGUGGUCCAUCGGCUACUGGCUCUGCUACGUCAACAGCACCAUCAACCCUGCCUGCUAUGCGCUCUGCAAUGCCACUUUCAAAAAGACCUUCCGGCACCUCCUGCUGUGCCAGUAUCGGAACAUCGGCACAGCCAGGUAGACAGGCAGGUGCCCUAGGAGGUGCUGGUGUCAUGAGUGUGUACCGGGGAACCACAUGGGCUCACCGGCUGUGGAGGAGAGAGUAGGCGGCCCCAUUCUGAGUUCGCAUCUGCUAAAGAGAACAGGUCUCUUAGACAGUGAGGCACCAGAAGCUCUUCGCUGGGUCUGGAGAGCAGAUCUCUACGGAAGCCCAGGAGGCUUAGCCCAGGGAGGGUCUGAACUGGCACCACCUGGCCCCUACCUGUCACCCUGCCUCAGGAAGACGGGGAACAACGGCUGGAGUGGGCAGCUGCCCUGUCAAGGCCAACUAUCAGCAGAGGUGGAAGAAGGAACAGGAGAGCAGAGGCCAGGAGCAUCUGGAGAGGAGCAAAGGAGCCAGGCUUGGAAGGGUGGGGUACCCCGUUCUGCUGUAAUCGGUGCUUUCUGCCUCUCUGCACCCCCCCUCCCCCUGCAUGUAGGCUCAGCCUUUUCCUUGCACCCAAGUCCCACUCCGGGGUGAGAGAUUUUCCUGCCUGCUCAGCCAGGCUCUGGGUGGGGGAAAGCCAGCCUGAGGUGCCUGUCACUUCUGUCCCUUCCCUGCCCAGCAGUCACAUAUGGAUGGGGCAACUGGGAAGCCAAGGCAAGAUACAGACUCCAGGGGACCAAGACUGGUGGUCUUGCUAUCAAGAGCACACCCCCCCCCCCAGGUCACACAUCCAAU